AUUUGUUUCUCCUUCUCCAAUCCCACCGAAAACACGCAAUAAAGUCGAUUUUUUACAUUCAAAAUAUAGUCUUUGUCAUGCUGGUUUUUGAUCUAUUACUAUUCAAGACAUAUCUUUUAUAGGACUACGGCAUGUUGGUCUUUCUGUUCCCUCAAGAAACAGUCUUCCUUCUGCUUCUCUCACCCAGGCCCCCGUGAUAUAUGUGUGUGUGUGUGUGUGUGUGUGUGUCGAUUAUAUUUUGCUAUUGUUAGUCGUGAAGGCGCUGUAUCAAAGCGUUAGAUUCAUCGCUUCUUGUUGUUUGGUUAUUGGUGGGAGGCUCUGGGAAUGUCGCAGAAGAGGCAGCAACAAGAGGAGGGCACUCCUCCUCUUGAUGAUAAGCGUUCGAGGAAAUCUCCUUGUUUUAGUAGUACAGUGCUGGAUGUGAUGACCCUGCAGAGAUUACAAAAUCUCGUAAACCCAGUUUUGGAGCCUCUGAUUCGUCGAGUUGUCAAGGAGGAAAUGGACUCGGCGUUAAGAAAAUAUAUAAUCAGUAUGAAACGGAAUUGUGGGAAAGAUAUACAACCUCCUGAGUCGAGGAGUUUAAAGUUACAAUUUUCAAAUGCUAUAUCACUUCCAGUGUUUACUGGAACUCGUAUUGAAGGAGAAGGUUGCACCAGUAUGGAAGUUGCUUUAGUUGAUAUACCUACCGGGCAAGUUGUUUCUAGUGGUCUUGGAUCCUCUUGCAAGGUGGAAAUUCUAGUUCUUGAAGGAGAUUUUGAUGUUGAUGACAGAGAUAAUUGGACACUUGAAGAGUUCAGGAAUAAUAUAGUGAGAGAGCGGGAAGGAAAGAAGCCUCUUCUAACUGGGAAUGUGAUCUUCAUUCUUAAAGAUGGAAAGGGAUUGGUGGGUGAUGUUUCAUUUACGGAUAACUCAAGCUGGACAAGAAGCCGUACAUUCAGGCUGGGGGCUCGGUUGAUUGAUGAUGUUGGUGGCAUCAGAAUAAGAGAGGCGAGAUCAGAACCCUUUGUUGUCAGAGAUCAUCGUGGAGAGUUAUACAAGAAGCACCACCCUCCAUCUCUUUCUGAUGAAGUUUGGCGGCUAGAAAAAAUUGGCAAAGAUGGAGCUUUUCACAGACGUCUUAGUAGAGAAGGAGUUAACACCGUGCAAGACUUCCUGGUUUUACUCUCUUUAGACCCCACGAAGCUUCGAAAUAUCCUUGGGACCGGUAUGUCUGCUAAAAAGUGGAAAACCACAAUGGAGCAUGCUCAGACAUGCGUUCUUGACAAAACAUUAUACUUGUACAACUCUCCUACAUCUCUGCAAAAGAACAGCGUUGUCUUUAAUGUCAUCGGACAAGUGACAGGAAUGUUCUCGAACAGCCAGUAUGUGCCCACGGAUAAGCUGUCAGAAGAAGAAAAGGUGAAUGCUCAAGAGUUGGUUAUCUCUGCAUUCGGAGAUCGUGAGAAAAUUGUCACAUUAGCCGAGUCGUCCUUAAAUAUGCCUACCUCAUCAUGCUCACCCGAUGCUCAAAUGUCCUCAAACUUGCUACCAGAGGGUAGUUGCCAUCAAGAUUCAACUUCUCAAUCCAGUUACUUGCAACAAGAUCCUUCUUCUCUCGAUUUUAUGCCGUCCUUUAGAGACUCGACUAGCUUUGAUUAUUACUUGCACGGGGAUGACGCAAUGGAGAUCAGGUACGACCAACCUCUGAGUUUCCCUUGUCAAGUAGCAGACAGCUUCAUCUCCGACCCUGAACCCAUGGGUCAAUCAUUCUGUGAUACCGAGCAUUUUAGUUACUUUGAGGAAGAUUUUCCAUUGCAGAGUUCCAAUUUGGAACUACCAGCUGAUUUACAUAGCGCCAUUGAUGCUCUUAUCCCGCGAUCGGUUGUUCACAUCGACAGAGCUCAGAGAUGGUGGAAUGUCUUAUUCUGUGUGUUAAGAUGGCUCUUCUCCAUAAAAAGAAUCAUUGCAAGAAAAACUCGAGUUAGAGCAAGACCUCCACCACGCGAUGUUGUUAGUACAUGUGUUUCUUGAAACAGUUAACGUCACCGAUGUGGUACUAGUACUAGUUGAUGUGCUCUGCCCGGCUAGACGUUGUGUGCAGUUUAUCUGGCAAUAAGAGUGUAGGAAUUUCUUGGAGAUGUCUAUACAGAUGUUCGAUUAAAUCGUCCUCCGGUGCCUUCAGGUGAUUGAAGGUGAAAAUUCUUCUACUUGAAGCUGUGACUGAUAACAGUUAAGGCAGCCCUGGUCUAGUUUUGGGGGGUUUUCGAUCCUUUAAAAUAAACGUUUAUCAGUUUGAUGUUAAAAUAUAAUUAAUUAUUG